AGGUAGUUCUCAGCCUAACGAGAGUCUGAACAAUACAGUAUCCAGCAAGGCUCCUAAAUCCAACUUCUACUCUGGGUCACAGAGCAAUGACUAUCGAGUUGCAGCCGCCAUUGCCCAAAAAAACUUGGGUUAUGGAUACGUUUCUGAAGUGUGUCAAUCUGUGAUGUUAUCUCCUGGAGAAAUUACCAAAAAGAUUUCAAAGGAUUAUGACCAACAGAGAGAGAAGGCAAGAGAAAGAGAAAGCACAGUUGAGUUCAAAAAGAGAAGGAGAGAGAAAAAGGAGCAACAAAGUAAACAUCAGAAAACAUGCGAAGUGAGAGAAGGAGUAUCUUAUGAAACUGGUGUAGACAUGAAUAACAAUAUAUGCAGUGAGGAUGUCUGUGAAAUACCACCACCUAUAACUGAACCAACCUGCAAAGUGAUAAAACCUGGAAUGGAUUAUGCUUAUGUGGCAUUUGAUUUGGAAACUACUGGACUUGGUCAAGAUUGUGAAAUUACUCAAAUUGGGGCAACAUACACAGACGAAUGCAGUUUCAGCGAGUAUCUUCUACCUUCCAAACGAAUUUCGACGAGUGCUAUUGCUCUGACUGGUCUUACUGUUGCUGGGAACCAGAUGUAUAAAGAAGGUCAACCAAUUCAAGCAGCACCCCCAUGUGAAGGACUUGGGAACUUUUUACAAUGGUUGUCUUCAAUUCACAAGCCAGUAGUGUUGAUGGCUCAUAAUGCUAGAUUUGAUGCAAAUGUCUUUUGCCGUGCAUUGGUAGGAAACAAACUACAGGAUGAUGCUGGGAAAAUUAUUCAAGGAUUUGUCGAUACUCUUCCACUAUUUAGGAAAAGUGUGCCUGGACUCUCCUCCUACAAGCAGACUGAUUUGGUUAAAAGUCUCCUUCAAACAUACUACUGUGCACAUGAUGCAACAUCUGAUGCAAGAUCUCUUCGUCAACUUGUAAAUUCUCAGGCCUUCUCAGAGGACCUCCUUCUACAACACAGUUUUUCACUUGACUCAUACAUCAGUAUUAUUCAGUAUCAUGAGAAAAUGCAGAAAAACAAUUCAUCACUAAUAUGCUUAGUGGAAAAUAAAGUUAUUUCGAAAAUGAUGAUGACUCGUAUCGCCAAGUCUGGACUGUCCUUAUCACAUCUUCUACUAGCUAAUACAAGAGACUCUGAAAAUGGGGUGUUUCAGUUGCUCUCUGGGAGAACACAUGAAGGCAAGGCAAGGGUGACUCCUAAUAAGAAAAUAAUUGGAAACAUAUGUAUAUUCCUUAAAAACAUGCGUGACUAACAAGAAGUCUGUGAGCCAAUACUAAGUAAUAAUACCCCCACUCUGAUGUGAAUAUACACUAUCAUGUUAAUAUACACAAGUUUAAUUACAGG